CACAGCGUUUGCUGAUGGGGAGUGAGAACCACAUACUGACAGGGGCAGUGUGGACGAUCUAAAGGGUUUUAUGGGAUGAAAAUUUACAGAGAUCUUACUGAGACAUUGAAGUCCAAUAUUCUUUAGAGUGAAAAGCUGUAUGAUCAGGGAGCUUUAAUAGUUUCGCAUGCCGCGGUGGCUGCUGGGACUGGACAUGUUUCUCACUGCGCAGGGAGCAGAGCAGGUCGGAAAAACGGUCCAUUCGCCUUGUUAACCCGCGCAAUGAUGAGUCCGUCCGCAGGUUAAAGGAGCAGCGUGUACCGAUGAAGUCUACGGUAGCAGACACGGUCGCGGCCGGUGCUGGUUGAAGUUGGCUUGUCGCUGAUUUGGUGCAAACAAUGAGCAACUCUCGUUCCGAGCGCGGGCGCUAGACGCCGCCAAACCGCUCCCGGUUUAUCGCAACAGAGAUCUGCCGGACCAGAGGGACUGCGUAUUCAUUAACCGGGCCGUACCGCAGAUGCCCACCGGGAUGGAGAAAGAAGAAGAACUGCUCUGGGUCUGGACUUAGAGCAGCCAGACUACGACAUGGACUCUGAGGACGAGACUCUGCUCAACAAACUGUACAGAAAAGGAGAAAUGGAGAUUAAACCUCUGCAAUUUAAGACUAUGGUGAACCGGCUGGAGAAGGCCAGCACAAACGUGAACCGUAAGAAUGAUGAGAUGUCAUAUGAGAAAAUGCUUAAACUAAGAAGAGAGUUCAGUCGGACUGUCACUAUCCUAGAGAUGAUCAAGAGGAGAGAAAAGUCAAAGAGGGAGCUGCUACACCUCACACUGGAGGUGGUGGAAAGGAGGUAUCAGAUGGGAGACUUCAGUGGAGAUGUCAUCAGACAAGUGUCUUUGCCUUUAAUGGGGAAGCCGGGAAAUUGUGUUCCCCAGAUGGAGGUGAUUAGUGAAGGCAAUGUGUCAGACUUACUGCCACAGUGUUUAUGCCACUCUUUGGGUAAGCUGUCACUGCCUCCUUACUGGAUUGGACUGAGCCGCCGCAGGAUGGAACGGGGUGCUGUGCUAUCGAUGCAGCACAGUAGGUCAGGAGAGUCUGGUCCGAAGACUCUGGACUCAGCCAGUGCUCAGUUUGCAGCUUCGGCUAUGGUCAGCACUCUUGCCGUUGCUCAUGGUCACAGUGAAAAUAAACCUUACAGGACCAGUGUGAAUGGAGUCUGUUAUUCAGGUCCCUUCAGGCUUCCAUACUCCCAUCUCUCUGAGCAGAGCACGGCUUUUAUCUCAGGGCUCGUGGUCAUCCUCCUUCCCUCAGUCCAUCUCCAACCAGAGGAGCCAAGUGGGAUCGGUGUAUCUCCACAACUCGCAUAUCGCUCUAGCCACUGCCUCCCCAACAUCUGCCUUAAAGAUUGUUGCUGGUGCGGCCAGCUUUGACCGAGUGCACAAUAUUUCCACUAUUGGGUAAUUACGCAAAUGUAAAAAUCUUUAGGCCAAUAAUACAAUUAACAACGAAACUUCAUUAGAAACUAGUUUGUUUUUGCUCUGCAUUGCCAACGAUUCUUCUAAAAUAUUGGACUGAGGCAGGAUCAGAAUUCAGAGUGUAGCUCGAGCUUCUACAGUAUUAAAAAAAAGUAAUAAAAAGCUUGGGGUGCAGAUAAACAGAAUGGAAACAAAGCUGAUUACAGUGUGAUGUUAACAUUUAAGAAAUUAUGGUCAUGAGCAGCAUGUUUAAGGUUAUAAGGAGUUUUUUUAACUGAGACCACGCUACCCAUGGAGGUCACGUAGCCCCUGUUGCUCCCUGCCCCAUCAGCCUCUGCUCCACCUCUGACGAGUGAAUGUGACACAUUUCAGAAGAUUGUUAAUGUUCCUACAAUGUGAAUAUUGUCAUUAUUGUUGUACAUGUGAAUGUGUUUUUUUGUAUUGUAACUGCAGCAUCACCUCUGACUAGUUCACAUCAACACUGUAUACUUGCUCAUUGGUCCGAGAUGAGCCCAUCUGUCUCACUCCGAUCGAUUAUUUAUUCCUCAUGUUUAGUUUUGGUAUUUGUUCACAGGUUGGGUCUCUGAAUGAAUCUGUGUCAGGAUUUGGUUUUAAUAUUUUAAAUGAUUCAGAUGAUGAUUUAAAAUUAAAAUCUGCAGUGAGAAAAAA